AUGGUGGGCGAAGGUCCUUACCUUAUUUCGAACUUGGACCAGCCAGGCCAUCGGAGAACCUUUACAGAGAAAUAUAACCAUAGCCUGAGAACCAUGAUUCCGGUGCGGCCCUGCGCAAGGUUGGCAUCCAACCCGGUGGACGACGCUGGGCUGUUCUCCUUUGCCACGUUUUCUUGGCUCACGCCAAUAAUGGUCCAAAGCUACAGGAACACACUGACGGUGGACAGCCUGCCUCCACUAUCGCCCUAUGACUCAUCUGACAUCAACACCAGGAGAUUUCAAGUCCUGUGGGAUGAAGAGAUUGAAAAGGUAGGCCCCGAGAAGGCCUCUCUGGGCCGCGUGGUCUGGAAAUUCCAGAGGACGCGUGUUCUCAUGGAUAUUGUGGCCAACAUCCUGUGCAUCGUCAUGGCAGCCAUAGGGCCGACGAUUCUCAUUCACCAAAUCCUCCACCACAUUACCAGUCUCUCUAGCAAAGUCUGGGUCGGCAUCAGCCUGUGCCUGGCCCUUUUUGGCACCGAGUUUACCAAAGUCCUCUUCUGGGCCCUUGCCUGGGCCAUAAACUACCGCACGGCGAUACGGUUGAAGGUGGCUCUCUCCACCCUGGUUUUUGAAAACCUGCUGUCCUUCAGGACUUUGACUCACAUCUCUGCGGGCGAGGUGCUCAACAUCCUAUCAAGUGAUAGCUAUUCCUUGUUUGAGGCUGCCUUGUUUUGUCCCUUGCCAGCCACCAUCCCCAUCCUCAUGAUCGUUUGUGCAGUGUACGCCUUUUUCAUUCUGGGGUACACAGCUCUCAUCGGGAUAUCCAUAUAUAUCAUAUUCAUCCCCAUUCAGGUGUUUAUGGCCAAACUCAAUUCAGCUUUCCGAAGAUCAGCAAUUUCUGUGACAGACAAGCGUGUUCAGACCAUGAACGAGUUUCUGACCUGCAUCAAGCUGAUUAAAAUGUACGCUUGGGAGAAAUCUUUCAUAAAUGCCAUUCAAGAUAUACGAAAGAGGGAAAAGAAAUUAUUGCAGAAAGCUGGCUAUGUCCAAAGUGGGAACUCGGCCCUGGCUCCCAUAGUGUCCACCAUGGCCAUCGUGUCAACGUUCACCUGCCACAUCUUACUGAAACGCAAUCUCACUGCCCCUGUGGCAUUUAGUGUGAUUGCCAUGUUUAAUGUAAUGAAGUUUUCAAUUGCAAUCUUGCCUUUCUCGGUCAAAGCAAUGGCCGAAGCCAGUGUCUCUCUAAGGAGAAUGAAGAAAAUUCUCAUAGCGAAAAGCCCCCCGUCUUACGUCACCCAACCAGAAGACCCAGAUACUAUCUUGCUUUUAGCAAAUGCCACUCUGACAUGGGAGCAAGAAACCGUCAGCAGAGGUGAGCCAAAGAAAGCACGGGACCAGAAAAGCUGCUUUUUCAAGAAACAGAGGCCAGAGGUAAACGGUGAGCAGAGCUCACCAGCCCAGGAGGUUGCCGGCCCAGAGGGGCAAAGUGACAGACCCAAGUCGGUUCUUCACAAUAUCAGCUUUGUGGUGAGAAAGGGGAAGGUGUUGGGAAUAUGUGGGAAUGUUGGAAGUGGGAAGAGCUCCCUCAUUUCAGCUCUCCUAGGACAGAUGCGGUUGCAGAAAGGGGUCGUGGCUGUCAAUGGUCCCUUGGCCUAUGUUUCCCAGCAAGCCUGGAUCUUCCAUGGAAAUGUGCGAGAGAACAUCUUAUUUGGAGAGACGUACAAUCACCAAAGAUAUCAGCACACGGUUCAUGUCUGUGGCCUGCAGCAGGACCUGAACAACCUCCCUUACGGAGACCUGACCGAGAUUGGAGAGCGGGGUGUCAACCUCUCUGGGGGACAGAGGCAGAGGAUCAGCCUGGCCCGUGCUGUCUACUCCAACCGUCAGCUCUAUCUGCUGGAUGACCCGCUGUCAGCCGUAGAUGCCCAUGUGGGGAAACAUGUCUUUGAAGAGUGCAUCAAGAAGACACUCAGGGGGAAGACCAUUGUCUUGGUGACUCAUCAAUUGCAGUUCCUAGAGUCUUGUGAUGAAGUCAUUUUACUAGAGGAUGGGGUGAUUUGUGAAAAGGGAACCCACAAGAAGUUAAUGGAAGAGAGAGGGCGCUAUGCAAAGCUGAUUCACAAUCUCCGAGGGUUGCAAUUUAAGGAUCCAGAGCACAUUUACGAUGAAGCCAUGGUAGAAACUCUGAAGGAGAGCCCUGUUUGGAAACAUGAAGAAACUGUCUUGUCUUCAGGAGAUGAGAAAGAUGAAGGAAAAGAGCCUGAAACAGAUUCAGAAUUUGUAGACAUAAAAGUUCCAAUGCACCAGCUUGUCCAGAGCGAAUCCCCCCAGGAAGGAGUCGUGACCUGGAAAACAUAUCACACGUACAUUAAGGCUUCUGGAGGGUACCUCUCCUCUCUCCUGGUGAUGUCUUUGUUCUUCAUGAUGAUGGGCAGCUCUGCCUUCAGCACCUGGUGGCUGGGUCUCUGGCUAGACACGGCCCCCCCGGUGAGUUUCCAUCAGCAGUUCAAUCAGACUGUGUUUGAUAAUGGAACGAUGCUGGUAGACACCAAACAACACAUAUACCGGUGGGUGUACGCGACAAGCAUGAUGGCUGUGCUGGUGUUCGGAAUCAUCAAAGGCUUCACCUUCACCAACAUUACACUGAUGGCUUCCUCCUCACUGCACAACAGAGUGUUUCAGAAGGUCAUAAAGAGUCCAAUGAGCUUCUUUGACACAACCCCCACAGGCCGGCUAAUGAACCGUUUUUCUAAAGAUAUGGAUGAACUGGAUGUGAGGCUGCCAUUUCAUGCUGAGAACUUUUUACAGCAGUUUUUUAUGGUGAUAGUAAUUCUGCUAAUAUUGGCUGCUGUGUUUCCUGCAGUCCUUUUGGUUCUGGCUGGUCUUACCAUACUCUUCAUCGUUCUUUUACGCAUUUUUCACCGGGGAGUCCAGCAGCUCAAACAGGUGGAGAACAUUAGCCGGUCACCUUGGUUCUCCCACAUCACCACCUCCAUCCAGGGCCUGGGCGUCAUCCAUGCUUACAACAAAACGGAGGCUUGCAUCAGAAAGUUUAAGGUGCUAAACGAUAAGAACUCCAGCCACCUGCUGUACUUCAACUGUGCUCUCAGGUGGUUUGCACUCCGAAUGGAUGUCCUCAUGAACAUCGUCACCUUGGCUGUGGCCUUGUUGGUGACCCUGAGUUUCUCCUCAAUCAGUGCUUCAUCCAAAGGCUUGUCAUUGUCAUACAUCAUCCAGCUCAGCGGCCUGCUGCAGGUGUGUGUGCGGACGGGCAUAGAAACGCAAGCCAAGUUCACCUCUGUGGAGCUACUCAGGGAGUACAUUUCGCACUGCGUUCCUGAAUGCACCCACCCCUUCAAAGAGGGGACCUGUCCCAAGGACUGGCCAAGCCGUGGGGAGAUCACUUUCAAGGACUACCGGAUGCGAUACAGAGACAACACCCCCCUUGUUCUCGACGGGCUCAACUUGAACAUCCAGAGUGGGCAGACAGUUGGCAUUGUGGGAAGAACAGGAUCUGGAAAGUCUUCACUGGGAAUGGCUCUGUUCCGUCUGGUGGAGCCGGCCAGUGGCACGGUCUUCAUUGACGAGGUGGAUAUCUGCACCGUGAGUUUGGAAGACCUCCGAACCAAGCUGACUAUGAUCCCUCAGGAUCCUGUCCUGUUUGUAGGUACAGUAAGGUUCAACUUGGAUCCUCUCAAGAAUCACACCGAUGAGAUGCUCUGGCACGUUCUGGAAAGAACAUUCAUGAAAGACACAAUAAUGAAACUCCCUGAGAAAUUACAUGCAGAAGUCACAGAAAAUGGGGAAAACUUCUCAGUAGGGGAACGCCAGCUACUUUGUAUGGCCCGAGCACUUCUCCGUAAUUCAAAAAUCAUUCUUCUUGAUGAAGCUACUGCCUCUAUGGACUCCAAGACAGACACCCUUGUUCAGAGCACUAUCAAAGAGGCCUUUAAAGGGUGCACGGUGUUGACCAUCGCCCACCGACUAAACACGGUUCUCAACUGUGACCUCGUCCUGGUCAUGGAGAAUGGGAAGGUGAUUGAGUUUGAGAAGCCGGAAGUCCUUGCUGAGAAGCCCAAUUCUGCAUUUGCAAUGUUACUAGCAGCCGAAGUUGGAUGGUAAACAUCCCUGUGUGGUGGACCUAAGUCGGAUAUGUGAGAUGAGUUGGAGUCUGCUGGCCAGAUGAGUUCAUCCCUGCAGAUAGCCCUGGCCAUGGUCCCUCCCACCCAUGAAGCACUGGCUGAGCUGAGGCUGAAGGUGUCCUCCUGCCCAGC